AUGCCUGUCUUUGUAUCUAAGCAGAAGUUUUGGAAAUACAGUCACCGAUAUUAUUGGAUUGAGUUCUCUCCUGGUUUGUUGAAGAUCUUUUUUCAGACUGCUCAAUGGAGGCUGAUAUCUGGAACCUUAGGAGGAAUAUGUCUUUUCUUGAUGGUUACUUUAGGAGUUCUACUGAAAAUUCAAUUUACUCAACAGAGUGUACAGUCAACUUCCUCUCCAGGACCUAACUUGGAAAUUCAGAAAGGUUCAGACUGUUGUUCAUGCCAAGAAAAGUGGACAGGUUACCAAUGCAAUUGUUACUUCUUUUCUAAUGAAAAGAACACUUGGGAAGAAAGCAGGGAUUUCUGUGUUUCUCAGAAUUCCACCUUACUGCAGCUGAAAAGCAACGAGGAAUUUAUUUUUAAGUUUGCCAGUGAAAAUUUGUAUUGGAUUGGGCUGUCUUAUGAUGAAGCACGUGGUGCCUGGUUAUGGUUGGAUGGCUCCGCUUUCUCUCAGCAUCUGUAA